AUGAUUAGUGCAAAUAUAAAAAUUAUAGUUUAUGGAGGUAAAUCUGGUUGGAUUGGUCAAAAAAUUAUAGAGUUAUUAAAAUUAAAUGAUAAUAUUGAAUAUCAUAUAAGUGACUGUAGACUUGAAAAUAGAGAAUCAAUUUUAACUGAAUUAGAUAAAAUUAAACCAACAUCAGUAAUAAACUGUGCAGGUGUAACUGGAAGACCAAAUGUAGACUGGUGUGAAGAUAAUUAA